UAUAAUACUCAAGUCAAGCUGUCGCUGCUGCUGUUGCGGCGGCGGCAGGGCGCUUUUGCAGGUCGAUCAGGCGGGCGGUGGCAAUGGGGCACCCGUACGCGCCGGCGGACCUGGAGCUGCCGGGCUUCGUGCCGCUGCAGCUAUUGCAGGGCCAGAUCCUCGUGACCUACAUCGGCACCUCCCUCUUCGUCCUCCUCGCCGUCUGGCUCAUCUCGGGAAAAUGUGGCAGAUUAUCAAAGACCGACCGUCUGCUCAUGUGCUGGUGGGCAUUCACAGGGUUGACCCACAUACUGAUUGAGGGUCCCUUCGUCUUCACCCCUAACUUCUUCAUGAAGGAGAACCCCAAUUUCUUCGAUGAAGUUUGGAAAGAGUACAGCAAGGGGGACUCUAGGUACGUUGCUAGGGACACUGCAACUGUUACGGUUGAAGGGAUUACCGCGGUAUUGGAAGGCCCUGCAUCACUGCUUGCUGUCUAUGCUAUUGCAUCCUGGAAGUCCUACAGCCAUAUUCUUCAGUUCACUGUCUGCUUGGGUCAGCUCUAUGGAUGCUUGGUUUACUUCAUUACUGCCUACUUGGAUGGCUUCAAUUUCUGGGCUAGUCCCUUCUACUUCUGGGCAUAUUUCAUUGGCGCAAACAGUUUCUGGGUUUGGAUACCAACGCUCAUCGCCAUGAGGAGCUGGAAGAAGAUUUGUGCAGCGAUUGGAGCAGAAAAGUUGAAGACCAAAUAAAAACUGCCUCAGCCACCGUUUGAUCAGAACUCAGACUUGUCACUGAAAUUCUUGUGUUUGUACUGAAAACUGCUUCUACCUUUUGCUCAAACAACAUUGUAAUGCAAGAAAAAUGUGAUUUCGUUCCCCAUUAAAUAGGGUUGCUGGCUAUUCCUUCGAAAUAAUAAAAGUUGUACUAUUAACUCAAAAGCCCUUUUGUUUAUAGCAAACAAAAGGCUUAGGUCUAUUCUUUUUCUUAGAUGAUUGACCAAGGGUUCAUUUGGUUGGAUGGACGCCGUGGAAUGGGAGAUGCAGGUCCAGUUU